GUUUGUUGAAUAAUACACAAAGUUAAUGAUAACCUAAACUGUAUGACAGUUCAUGCUCAGACAUAAAUCCCAGCCCCCCGUGAAUGUCCAAUAUUAGAAUGCACAAGGACACAGAAUGGACACAUUUCUGCAACAGCUGACGCGGGGCAAUGCAGUGUACCUCAUCAUCGUUUUGGGAGUAGGAGGGAGCUUUCACUUGGGCUACCACAUUACAGGACUGAGCUCGCCUUCGCCAUUCAUCCAAACCUUUAUCAACAGCAGUUGGUUCAACCGCUAUGGAGAGGUACCCCCUCCUCACACCUGCACCAUGAUCUGGUCCCUUAUAGUCUCCAUGUUUGCACUGGGAGGGCUUUUGGGGGUUCUCAGUAUCAGAUUCAUAUCAUCCAAGCUUGGAAGGAAAAAGGCCAUGAUGUGCAGCAACUGUAUUGCCAUCGUAGCGGCCAUAGUCAUUUUGACAAGUAAAAUGCUUGAGUCUUUUGAAAUGGUCAUAGUAGCUCGGGUCCUGCAUGGGUUUUCUGCAGGCCUGAGCUCUUGCAUUCAAACAAUGUACCUGGGGGAGAUAUCACCGAGAAAGUUUCGAGGCAUGGUGGCCUUCACAUCCUUUACAUUUUCUUCCCUCGGUAAACUCUCCGGACAGUUCUUUGGGCUGAGUGAGAUCAUGGGGCGUGAGGAUCUGUGGAACGUGCUCCUGUGUGUGCCCGCCUGUCUCUCAGUUCUCAAUAUUCUGCUGCUGCCAUUCUUCCCGGAGCCACCAAGAUACCUGUUCAUAGAGAAGGGCGAUGACCAAGCCUGCAAGAGUGCGCUGCAGAGUCUGUGGGGCCCGGGGGACUACAAAGAGGAGAUGGAGGAUAUGCUGGUGGAGCAUGCAGCCACCAAAGCAGCUCCUCCCAAAAGCCCUCUGCAGCUUCUGGGGUCCAAGAGAACGAGAUGGGCCCUGUUCACUCUGUUCCUCCUCUGUACCUGCAACCAGAUGUCAGGAAUAUCUAUGGUCAGCACGUUCUCCUAUGACCUCUUCUAUAAGGCGGGUAUGCCACAAGAAAACAUUCGGUAUGUCAGCCUCGCAUUAGGUGCAACAGAAAUCACCACAUCAAUCUGUUGUAGCUUUCUGAUUGAGCGCAUUGGGAGGAGGCCCCUGUUCUGGGUUGGCUAUAGUGUCAUGGCAGUAAGCUGGGCAUCAGUCUCGGUCACUGUCUAUUUCCAGGAUUCUGCUGACUGGGUUCCAUACCUCACAUUUCUGUUUGUUAUUGCUGUUAUAGUUUUCUUCUGUGGAGGGCCAGGUGGAGGUGUACCGACUUUAAACACAGAAAUAUUUAUCCAGUCCGAGCGGAUGGCAGCGGUGGUCCUGGUGGCCUUAUAUCGCUGGGCGACUUACGCUAUAAUGGGUCUCAUCUUUCCCUUUCUAAUAGUUGCUCUGAGGUCGUACUGCUAUGUGCUGUUUGGAUGCUGGUGCGUGGUGGGAGGCCUAUACUCUUUCUUCAUUCUGCCAGAGACCAAAGGAAAGACCAUACUGGAGAUCUCAGAGAAGUUUGGAACCAUCUCUGUGUGUGGGAAGUCCUCCACUACAGACCAUGAGGUCUACGAGACUGUAUUUUAGCCCUGCAUGUCCUGUGGAAAUGUUCUAUCAGUGUAGUGAGAAGAGGAGUGGUCAACUGAGGCUUUAGGUUUGGUCCUGGUUUGAUCCCUGACCAUGUUUGUCCUACUGUAAACCUUCAGUUCAGCCCUGUUAUAUUUUAGGCCUGAUUUAGUCUUGAUCUAGUUAAUUCAGAUUUUGGUGUGGUGUGUGUGCAAGUGUGAAUGCAUCCUUAACAACCUAUGCCUAUAAUAAUUUGCCCUGAGAUUCUAUCACCUAAGUUGGUACUCGGGUAAAACCUCUGCUGAUAAUUUUUACUUACAAGAGAAACUGAAUAAAUGUUGAUGAAGUUGUGAGAGAUAGGUAAAAGUAAUUCAAAUAUCUAUUGUUUUAAACUAUAAUAUAUACCUAUAAAGUGUUAUUUUUUCAGUUGAGUAAUCCUGUCAUCUUGGGUGUUAAGUUACUGAUUGCCUGUACUCCAGAAUUAACCACAACAAUGUUUUUUUUAAAGAACUGAAAUACUCCAUACACUACACAGAUUUUACCCUUUGAGUCCAUUGUUCCAAUGUUGGGGAGAGGUCUCUUAACAUAUAUUUUUUGUUGUCCUUUUUUGUCCCCAAACAUCCGUACUACCUAGAUAUCAAGCACUGUAUUAAAAUCCUGAAUGUUUAUUAUUUCUUUUAUCAUUUGAUGCCAAUACACUGUCAUCACUGGGCUUCACUUUUUCCACUUUCACCAGCAGAGGGCGCAGACAUUGAUCAUUACAGACCAAGCUACAGGUCAGAUUUGUGGAGAGACAACCCCGCUCACAGUCACAACUCCAGUUUUUUUCUAGGUAUUUUUGAGCUAUAAAACCACCCAUAAUUGAAUAAAUGUAAGAUUGAUUAAUGUCAUACUGUGGAACCUUCCAGGCAGAGCAAUGACAUACCCAUAGAAACAAGAAGGUGACAGACCCCCAAACAAAAAGUUACAUAGUGCACCUUUAAGAUAUGUAACAGCAAGGUAGAUUCUCGCGAUAUGUUUGCCAUGAUCAAUAAACUUUCAUUUGAAGUUGGA